CUGUUUGGGAGUACUUAAACUAGUUUCAAAAGCUUUUGUUUGUUUUGGUUUUUCGUUUUAGUUGGAAAAAUACUUGUAGCUACUCACCCCGCCCCACACACCCCACACACACUGGUGUUUGAAACAAGAGCACUGGACUACCACCCUAGUGCUUAUAAAAUUUUUUUGAGACGUGAUCUCGCUAAUUGUCCAGGCUGGUAUGAAAUUUGCGGUUCUCCUGCCUUCCUCUUCACAGUGCUGGGAAUGCCGUCGUACACCACGUCUGGCUUCAGAGCUACAUCUAACUCUCAGAGACAAAAUGCUGAGCUUCCUCCGUAGAACUCUGGGGCGCCGCUCCAUGCGUAAACAUGCUGAGAAAGAACGACUCCGAGAGGCACAGCGAGCUGCCACACACAUUCCUGCUGCUGGAGAUUCUAAGUCCGUAAUCACUUGUCGGGUGUCCCUUCUGGAUGGUACUGAUGUUAGUGUGGACUUGCCGAAAAAAGCCAAAGGACAAGAACUGUUUGAUCAGAUUAUGUAUCACCUGGACCUUAUUGAAAGUGAUUAUUUUGGUCUGAGAUUUAUGGAUUCGGCACAAGUAGCACAUUGGUUGGAUGGUACAAAAAGCAUCAAAAAACAAGUAAAAAUUGGUUCUCCUUAUUGCCUACAUCUUCGAGUUAAGUUUUAUUCCUCAGAGCCAAACAACCUUCGUGAAGAACUAACCCGGUAUUUAUUUGUUCUUCAGUUAAAACAAGAUAUUCUCAGUGGAAAAUUAGAAUGUCCAUUUGAUACAGCAGUGCAGUUGGCAGCUUAUAAUCUACAAGCUGAGCUUGGUGAUUAUGAUCUUGCUGAACAUACUCCUGAACUCGUCUCUGAGUUCAGGUUUGUGCCCAUUCAGACUGAAGAGAUGGAACUAGCUAUUUUUGAGAAAUGGAAGGAAUACAGAGGUCAGACACCUGCACAAGCUGAAACCAAUUAUUUGAAUAAAGCCAAAUGGCUAGAAAUGUAUGGGGUUGAUAUGCAUGUAGUCAAGGCUAGAGAUGGGAAUGACUAUAGUUUAGGACUCACGCCAACAGGAGUCCUUGUUUUUGAAGGCGAGACCAAAAUUGGAUUAUUUUUUUGGCCUAAGAUAACCAGAUUGGAUUUUAAGAAGAAUAAACUAACCUUAGUGGUGGUAGAAGAUGAUGAACAGGGCAAAGAGCAGGAGCAUACAUUUGUCUUUAGACUGGAUCAUCCAAAAGCAUGCAAACAUUUGUGGAAAUGUGCUGUGGAGCAUCAUGCCUUUUUCCGCCUCCGAGGCCCUGCCCAAAAGAGUUCUCAUCGCUCAGGAUUUAUUCGACUAGGAUCACGAUUUAGAUACAGUGGGAAAACUGAGUAUCAGACUACAAAAACCAAUAAAGCUAGAAGAUCAACAUCCUUUGAAAGAAGACCCAGCAAACGAUAUUCUCGACGAACUCUACAAAUGAAAGCAAGUACACCGAAACCUGAAGAACUCAGUGUUCACAACAGUGUUUCAACCCAGAAUAAUGAGUCACAACAGGCUUGGGGUGUGAGAUCAACUGUGCCUGUGAUUCCUUCGACAUCCUCUGGCCCUGUGCUGGUGGAAAUAGAGAAUCUUCCAAGGAGUUCUGGGAUGGAUCAGCAUGACAGGAAAUGGCUCUCUGCUGCCAGUGACUGCUGUCAACAUGGUGGAAACCAGCUGAAUACAAGGGGCCUGCCCCCACCCCUGACCGCACAUAGAAACUACCCAGACUGUGUCCAUGAGCACAAUGUGAAGAAUGCAGGAGUCCGUCAUGGUGCUCGUUUUCCUGGCCACACAACCAUGACUGAAAUAUGAGUGUUAAGCCUUUUAGGCCUUGGGAUGCUUGUCAUCCAAGUUGAUGGUGUACCUUUUCUGAUAUUUAUAAAAGAUUGGUCACAUGAGGAAUAUUUGGGAGAGCUUAUUUUAUACUGAGUCUUUAGUUUUACAGUUCUGUUUCUGAUUGAAUUCUUUUGAAAGGAAGAGGAUUUUAAGAAGCUCUAUGCUAUCCAUGACAAUGACAGGUAUUGCCAUGUUGGAAAGUGUGUGUAUGGCACUGUGGAGAGGAUUUUCAUGAUUUUAGCCUGUUAAUAAAUGACUCAGAAUAUCUCCCAGGAAGUUUGUGUUUGGCUAUCAAUUGUCUCUCCACCAUGUGCUAUCUAUACACAUUGAGAUUUAAAGAAAGGUUAGUGUUAAAAGCACUUCAAAAAGAAAGCAUCAUCAGUCUUGAUGUAUCAGCCUUUUAUAGUAUUUUUAUAAUAUUGUUCUUAUACUCUGUUUUAAUUUCUUAAAGUGGCUAAUUCCUUACUUUUAGUUAAGUGUGUUUUAAUUGGUAAAAAUUUUAAUAUACUUUACUUUUUAAUAAGCACAAGUAUUUUAAAUUAACAAUUUAGAAAUCACAUUAAUGGUGUGAGCCAUGUAGUGAGAGAAGUCUGAUUGGUUACUUUGAAUGGUCAACCAAGAGUUAACCGAAUGAGUAUACAAAAUAGAAAAUAUAUAUAUUUUUAAACUUUAUUUUCUUUUCUAUCUCAUCUCAUCUCAUAUACUUCACAAAAUGAUUACCCAGGUUUUCAGUAACCUCAUAACCUGGUCUUGAACAACCUUUAAAAUAAAAUUCUGGAGACACUGAAGCAUCUAUCAUUUUUAGAUUGACUGGAUAUAUAUUGCUAUCUUUGAACUUGGGCAGGUAACUAAUCAAGGCUUUAGUUUGAUUUUAGAGGAAAAUUAACUGGAAAAAUAUAUUUCUGAUGGGAUAGGAAGUCAUACAAGGGAAGCAUCUCCUUUAGCAUUUUUUCAAAUUUUAGGAGAACUUUUAAACUAUAAAUAGAAAUUUAUAAUGUUUUAUAGUCUGAGGAUUCAUACUGUUUCAAGGUGGUGAAACUUAAUUAUAAACAUUCUAACCCAUUUAGUCCAUCCUGUUUACUUUAGAGGUCAGUUUUAUCCCAUAAAUCCACUCUGGGAUACUAAUGAAAACUUUAGAGGGCUUUAAUAUUGGGCUGUUGGUUGUAAAUAUUACACAGCUUAUCAAUAGAAGACCUAAAGAAGCAGAACUAAAUAAUAUUUAGCACAUGAUAUUUAUAGGCAGGUUUUAGCCUGUGAGUUUACCAUUAUAAUGUAAGGGGAUAAAUGUUCAAAGUAUUCUUUCCCAUGUAGUUCUGGAUAUGAAUGGAUACUUAUCUUAAAUAGCUCCUGUCUGCUAAACCUAAAAUCAUUUGAUGUGUGUAAAAAUAAACACUAAUGACUCUCACAUUAGUUUGAGAAUUUACAUAGCUCAAUUUGUUGUUAAAUAUUAUUUGUGAUAUUUUUUCUUGAAAGAAUUUGUAUCAUAACAUUUUAUGAUUUUAAGCUCAAAAUCCCUGGUUUGUGCUAUUCAAAAAAAGAUUUUAUGAGCUGGGGAUGUGGCUCAGUGGUAGAGAGCUUCUGGCAGAGGGUGGGAGGUGUGGAGUGUCUUCUAAGGGUGGACUAGGAAUCCCCUGUAAUGAGCCUCCAUCUCUCUUUGGGUCCUUGCUCUCACUCUGGCAAAGAACAAAGAAAUGGGGGAGUCAAGACUGUUAUAAUGCAAAGUAAAAGUUAACUUAAAAUAUAACAAAUGCAGAGGAAGCAGAAAAGGAGCUAUCUUAACAGCAGAGUGGUCCUGCAAGAUCUGGAGUAUGAGAUUUGUUCAUACUUAUAAAGACAAAUUAUUUUGUUUAUUGGUGUGGGCUAGGCCAAUCAUGGUCUCAGUCUAUGUUUCUGGGAAAAGGCAAGGUCAGCAUACAGUAAAUGUGAGUAACACUUUCACAAAGAAUACAGUAGGGUACUUUUUUUUUUUUAACAUGUGAUAUACAGCUUUCUGUUUUGUAGAUUUCUUUAUUUUGUAGAUUCUUCCAUAUGCUUUAGGAUUUCACAUCAGUAGUUGAGCAUUGCUCACCCAAACAUCCGAAAUUUUAAGUGCUCCAGAUCUGAAACUAUGUAGGGUAGAGAUGACUGUACAAGUAGAAAAUUCCCCUCCAAACCUCAUGUGACAAAUUAUAGUCAAAAAGACAGGUGCUAUAGCAAGAAGACAAGGAAAAAAAAAUGCUCUGGAAAUACACUGUUGUAUAAAAUGACCUUUAGGUUAUGUGUAUAAGGUGUGCGUGAAACAUAAAUUAGUUUCAUUUUUAGCCUUUGGUGCCAUCCCCCAGAUAUCUUCAUUUAUAUGCAGAUAUUCUAAAACCCAAAACACUUUUCUGUUCCCAGAUACUUGGUUAAGAUAUUCAGCUUGUGUCAUGAGUAUUUGUUCUUACUACUAGUGUUUUUAAAAUGGCUAUACAUGUUUCUGGAGUAAUGAGGAAUUUACAACCUUGUUAUUAACUUAGCUCUACUCUGUACUUUAUUAUGCCCAAAGGGUCAGUGAUCAUAAAUUCUAGAUUAUAGAAGUAAUACCUUCUAGAAGCACCCUUUUGAUCAAGGAAUUUAUGACACAAAUCCAGGAUCACAUGCUGGCAUGCUAAUUAGUACUUCUGCUAAUUUUAUGUAACAAUUUCAACACCUUACAUUAAGGGUUUUUAAGAAAGAGAAUUUAAAAAAAUAGAAAUGAUACAGAAUUUCAAAACAAGCCAGACAUGGUAGCACAGGCCUGUAAUCGCAGUACUCUGGAGGCUGAGGCAAGAGAAUAGUUGCUCAAAUUACCACAUAUCAACAUGCAAAAUUGAUCAACAAUAAAAGCACUAAGUGUUCCUUUCAGUUAAUAGAAUGAGUAAUACAAAAUACAAUUAUCUUAGCUAUCUUGUGUGUGUGUAUAUAUGUAUGUGUGUGUGUGUGUGUGUGUGUGUGUGUGUGUAUAUAUAUAUAUAUAUAUAUAUAUGUAUGUAUUUCUCUUGUUUCCUCCUUUCCCCCAUCCUAGUUUUUCUUUCCUUUUGAGCAUUUUCUUUCCCUUUCACAAUAUCUAUUGUACCUUGUGGAUCUUAUUUUCUCUAUCAGUUUCUUACACUAGGGAGACAAUAUGAUGUUUAUACAUACAAGUCUGAUUUAUUUCACUUAGGAGUAUGAUCUCUAGCUGCAUCUAUUUACCUAGAAAAGUCUCAAGGUUGACUUUUUAUGGCUGAGUAGUAUUCCAUUAUAUUAAAAAACAAACUUCAAUCUUUCUAUCCAUUCUUCAAUUGAUAGUCAUUUAAGUUGUUUCCAAGAUUUAACUAUUACAAAUUGUGCUGCUAUAAACAUAGGUGCGCAUGUAAAUGCUAUGGUGUGAUGCUUUUAAUUCUCCUAGAAAGAUACCCAGCAGGGAAAUAGCUGGGUCAAAUGGGACCUCAAAUCUAAGGUUUUUGAGGAAUCUCCACAUUUAUUUCCACGGUGGUUGCACCACCCUACACUUCCACCAGUAGUGGAGAAGGAUUCCUUUUUCCUCAUAGCCCCACCAGCAUUUGUCAUUGGAUUAUUUUUUGAUGGUAGCCAUUCUUUCUGGCAGUGAAAUGGAAUCUCUGGUGUUUUGUGUCUCUCAAAUGACCAAUGAAUGAUACUGAACAUUUUUUCAUAUAUUUGUUUGCCAUUUGUGUUUCUUCAUCUGAGAAGUGUGUAUUGAUCUCAGAUGCCCAUUUUUGGACUGAGUCUUUGAAUUUGGGGGGCCUGGUUUUUUAAAAAUUCUAGAUAUAAGUCCUUUGAAAGACAGCCAAAAUUUUCCCAGUUCAUGGAUUUUCUUUUCACUUAGGUUGGUUAUGCUUUAACUGUGUUCUUAUGGAUAAGGUAACCUAAAGAAACAUACUAAAGCUAAAAUCCUUCACACCUGAAAAUAAAUGAGCUUUAAAUUAAGAUCUUUAUUUUUGUAGUAAGACAUUUCUCAGGUGUUUUCCUAUCUCUGACUUUAACUUGUCAAAUCUUCAUAUGAUAAUCAUAGAUGCACUUUAAUCACUUACCAGUCCAAUUAUUUCAACUACACACCGCCCAAGAGGCAUUUAGGGUAAACUGUUAAGUGGGCUAAAUGAAUUUACAGAGGGAAAGAGGAACUUAAUUUGUUCUACGUGCAAAGUAUAUCAGUUUUUAAAAGCAGCUUAUAUAGAGACAUUCUAAUAUUGCAUUAACAGUGAUUCACAUUUUUCUUGGAUGGAGGCUUAAAGUUUUAGUUCCCCUUCCAAAUUUAUUAUGUAUAACACUUGUGUGGAUCUUUAUUGUUACAGUGGUCCAGAAUGUAAAAAUGUCUGUGUAAACAUACCAAGAUACAAAAGAGAAGUGUUUUCUGAAUGGAGGAUAAAGACAUAGCAUGAAACAACUGAGCCUUCCUAAUUAUAAUAGUUCUUUGAAUUUACAAGACUUUUAUGUAUUUACUUAGUUGUGCUAAAAACAAUUUUUGUUAGCCUUUACUUUAUUAUCAUUUCAUUUUGCCAAAACAGUACCAUAUAUUUGGGAGGUAGAGAGUGUAGAGCAUGAUGUCUUUGGGUUUCAGAAGAAAGAAGAAUGUUGUGGAGACGACUGGCUUCACAGAGCAUAUUAAUUCUUCAGCUUUAGUCUCUUUUACCUUCCUUGUAUUUUCAAAUGCAAACUGAAGAAAUUGAUAAGACAGUUGUCUAAUAUUGGUGAAACACUCUAAUGAUGGAAGCAGUAGUUAAAUUUGACCAUGGUAUUUUUAACUGUUUUGGUUGGACAAACUCUUACUUCUAAACAAUAGUUUUUUGCUUUAACAAAUUGUUAUUUUGUGUUUGCUGUUGAAUACUGAGUUUGAAAAUAAUAAGUUGGAUUAAUUUAUUGUUUAACCUUAGGUAUUAGGGCUUGUAUAUGGCAUUGCAAGAAUAGAAUCUUGUGCCAAUAGCACUCUCUUUCCCACCAUGUACUUCCUGUAUUUUAAUGUAAAUUAUACCUUAUCAUCAGUUAUAUCUUAAAGCAUUAACAUUAGUGGCAUAGAAAUCAGAAUGUGGAGCAUGUCACCUUCAGUAACUUCAUUUCUUUAAUCAAUUCUUGUCCAUUGCUAAUAUGCAGCUUUUUGGGGUGAGGAAAGUGGGGCAUAGCCUUCCUAAAGAAUUAGUAAAGAAAGGAGAAAAUUUUUAAAGAAAUUGACAAAAUGAAAAACAUUUCUGUGGCUUUUUCUGACACGUAUUUUUAUACUGAAGUGGAAAAACAAAUAGUCUUGGUCUUCCUGAGCAAAUUGUUCUCACAAAACUUUUCUUUAAAUUAAUUACCUAUGCCUCUGUUCCUUACAAGCAACUGUGGCCUCAGUUCUAGGUGGUGGUACUUUUGCAGUUUGUUCUUGACGGCUGGCCAAUGUUGUGUUUACGUUGACAUGGAGAACAGUUAUCUGACUGGGAGAACAGCAUUCUACAAGGAUUGUGACUGAAGAUUCUGAGUGGUGCUGCCUCUUAAAAGCAGGUUCAACAGUUGGAAUUCUUAUUUUUUGUUGUCAUUGUUGAUGAAGGAAAUUUUGAAUUUUUUAAAACUAGUUUUAAUAAAGGAAAAUUGAGAUA